AUGGACUUUCUAAGCUCUAAGGUGCAGCUCACCGCCCUCGCAAUCCUUAGCUACACCCUCGUCCGAUGCGUGUAUCUGGUCGUUCAUCGGCUGUAUUUCUCCCCGCUCGCCAAGUUCCCAGGUCCGAAGCUCGCGGCUGCGACGCACUGGUACGAAUUUUACCAUGACUACUGGAGGGGUGGGAAGUACAUUUUCGAAAUAGAGAAGAUGCACAAGAAGUAUGGCCCAAUUAUCCGGGUGAAUCCAGACGAACUGGCGAUCCAUGACCCGGAGUAUUAUAGCGAGCUAUAUGUGACUGAGAGCAAGAGACGCACCGAGUCCCACGAGAUGUUCGUCAAGGGCAUCGACUUCGAUGGCGCACACCUCUUGACGACCGACCACAACCUCCACAGGAAAAGGAGGAAGCCCCUCGAGCCCUUCUUCUCGCGCGCCGGCGUCCAGCGCCUCAAUGGCAUGCUGGGAGACGUGACGCAGAACCUUGAGAGCCGCAUUAGAGAGUACGCGGGCACGGGGAAACCUAUCCGUCUCGACCAUGCAUUUGCUGCGUACUCCGGCGACAUCAUCGGAAAGAUAUGCACCGGAGGUAAAGACGCCGGCGUGCAUUUUCUCGAAGGCCCGGAUUUCUCGCCGGACUGGUACAAUGUUAUCCACAUGCUUGUUCGCUCGUUGCCAUUCUUCACGGGAUUUCCCUUCUUGAUCCAAAUCUUGAGCUACAUCCCUGAAUCAUUCCUCAUGUGGGCGAUGCCACGAGCCCAAGUCUUCAACAAAUUCAAGACAAUCGCUGUCUCCCACAUCCAUGCCGCGCUCUCCGACCAGGAGGAAGCGAAUCGCAAGGGCAUCAAGACGGACGACCGGGGCUCCAUCUUCCGCCACAUCGCCAACAGCGACAUGCCCGAGUCUGAAAAAUCCGAGGAGCGGCUCGCGAAAGAGGCUCAGGUGCUCAUGGGCGGCGGCACUGCAAGCACCUCGCGCACCAUCAAGUUCGCAUCUUUCUAUAUCUUGUCCGUUCCAGAUUUGCAGUCUAGGCUGCGCGAUGAGCUGGCGGUUACGAUGCAGGAUUGGCCGGCAUACGUGCCUACCCUCGCAGACCUAGAGCGAUUGCCGCUCCUCCAGGGUAUUGUGAAGGAAUCUCUACGGCUAAGCUACGGUGUCAUGCACAGACUACCCCGCGUCUCACCCGACCUGCCUCUACAAUACAAGCAAUGGGUCAUUCCCCCUAAAAUCCCCGUAGGCAUGUCAGCCUACCUCAUGCACACCGACCCAGAAGUGUACCCGGAUCCCUUCCACUUCAACCCGGACCGCUGGAUCGGCGACAUCGAUCCCAACAUGAACAGGAACUGGGUUCCGUUCACGCGGGGGUCGCGCAACUGUCUGGGUCAUAAUCUUGCGGUGGCGGAGAUCAGCCUGGCGCUUGCGGUGCUUUUCCGACCAGGUGGACCCGAUAUGGAGCUGUUCGAAACUGAUGAGAGCGACGUGAUUAUGGCUCAUGACUUCUUGAUCCCUGUCCCGAAGAUUGAUACCAAGGGCGUUCGGGUCCUUGUACGAUGA